AUGGAGGAUAGGUUAAAGAAGUUAAAAAUUCGUAGAGGUCAGUUAAAGGCAUUAUGUACAAGGGCUCACAACACGCUUACUUCAAAUGUCAUUAGCGAGCUCAAUACAGCACAAUUAUCAGAGCGUAAAGCCAAAAUUGAAGCCACGUGGUCACAAUUCGACGAAGUACAAUCGGAAAUUGAAGAGUUACUAGAUUCGGCAGACAUGCUCGAGACUCACGAACUCGACAGAAAUGAGUUCGAGGAGACGUAUUAUGACAUUACGUCAAGGUUUCAAGAGCUAAUUAUUUCUCGCGGUGCAACAUCAAAUCCGGUUACUGAAACGCGCCCUGCAAACAUCAAUCGCAAUCGGGUGUCAGGUACUAGUUUAAAAUUACCGAAAAUUGACUUGCCAUCAUUUUCAGGAUCCUACGAGGAAUGGUACCCGUUCCAUGACACGUUCCAGUCACUUAUCCACAGAGAUCGUUCAAUAAAUGAAAUUCAAAAAUUUCAUUAUUUGAAGGCGGCACUUAAAGGAAAGGCUGCUGAAUUGGUUCAGUCACUCGAAAUGUCGGCUGACAACUAUGAGCAAGCGUGGCAAAUGCUGAUAAAGCGAUACGACAACAAGCGUCUCAUUAUUCAAAAGCAUCUCAGAGCACUGUUUAAGUUACCAUCCGUUACAAAGGAGAAUUUUAAUGCUCUUCGUCAGUUAGUGGACGGAGUUCUCAAGCACAUAAGGGCCUUAAAGGCUAUGGGCCGUCCAACGGAUUCAUGGGGCGAUCUCAUCAUACAUUUGGUAACCGGCAAACUAGAUCACAAUACUAAUAAGGAAUGGGAAGACAGCAUCACAGGAAAUGACAUUCCCACCCUGCAGCAUUUAACAGAGUUUUUGGAGCAUCGAUGUCACACAUCGGAGGCUAUCAACAGAAAGGGUUCUUCAUUGCAGACGCAAGUUAAGGUCGGACAAGCAAAGGUAUCGGCCCUCGUUAGUACCAAAACGGCAUCAUGUCAAAGGUGCAAGAAAGAUCAUCAGAUAUAUUCAUGCAAACAAUUUUUGGAUCUCUCACCAGAGGAUCGUCUGAACUUCAUCAAGGAGGCAAAAUUAUGUUGGAAUUGCUUAAAGGCCUCAUCACAUACGGCAAGGAAUUGCAGGUACGGCAAUUGCAAAACAUGUGGAAAACGUCACAAUUCAUUACUUCAUAUUUCCGGAGACAAAUCAGAAACUAAGGUCUCGGAAUCUUCAAAUCAGACAACAACGCAACAAGGAAACGCAUCCACAACCAAUGUUGCACACACGACAAUGUCGAACGUUACGUCGCAAGUCUUCUUGUCAACGGCACUGGUCAACGUUCGCGAUUGCCAAGGAAACAAACAAACUUGUCGCAUUCUACUUGACUCAGGUUCGCAGUCAAACUUUAUAACUAAAGAUUUAGUACAACGCUUAGGCCUUACAGUGAAGCCUAUUGACAUCUCGAUCGUCGGGGUGAAUCAUGCGUGCAGUCAGGUCAAACGAAUGACUCAAGUACAAUUAAGUUCAAGAUUCUAUGCAUACAAUAUCAUCAUCAAUUGCUUGAUUUUGAAGAUCACCGAACGUUUGCCCACUAUCAGCAUGGACAAAACCAACUUCAAGCUAUCAGCAAAUCUACCCAUUGCGGAUCCAGAAUUCAAUCAGUCAAAGGACAUUGAUAUAUUACUAGGUGCAGAAAUAUUUUGGGGCACUCUUUGCGUUGGACAAAUCAAGGAAACAGCGGAACAUCCGUUACUUCAGAAAACACUUUUUGGAUGGGUACUGAGUGGAAGAUAUCCAAACAACACAAUACCCAUGGAAACAAUCCAGUGCAAUAUAGCAACAAGUCAUGUCAGCCUAGAACAGGCUAUUGAGAGGUUUUGGCAAACUGAACAGAUCUCUUCCGAUUCAUCACUCACGACUGAAGAGAGAGAAUGUGAAGCACAUUACAAAGAAAAUUACCGUCGGACUGAUGAUGGUAGUUUUAUAGUAAAAUUACCCAUUAAGAAGAAUGGAUUGCAAACAUUAGGACGUUCUUACGACGUUGCUUUGAAACGCUUCCAUGCACUUGAAAACAGGUUGAGUCGUCAUCCUGAAAUGAAGACAGCAUACACACAAUUCAUGCAAGAAUACAUAGAGCUUUGGGCACAUGCAUCCCAAGGAGACGUAACAAAAAUGUACCGUCAGAUUUUAGUCGAUGAAUCUCAACGGAGACUGCAGAGAAUCUUAUGGCGAGACAGUAAGACAAGGGAAGUACAAAUCUUCGAACUGGCUACCGUGACAUAUGGUACAGCAUCAGCAUCAUUCCUCGCGAUACGAUCCUUACAAGAAAUAGCAAGACUAGAACAAGACAACGCACCGGUAGGAGCCUCAAGGAUUCUAUCUGAUUUUUAUGUAGAUGAUCUUUUGACCAGCGCUGAUAGCAUUGAAGAACUUAUUAAAAUACACAAUCAAGUGAACCUAAUAUUAGGCAAAGCAGACUUCGUCUUGCGAAAUUGGGCAUCCAAUGAACAAGCAGUUCUGGAUGGCAUUUCUGCAAUGGCCACAGACUUCAUUCUAAAUAUUAGCGAGAACACAAGUUUACGUACGCUAGGUCAGCAAUGGAAUUCUCAAGAUGACAUGCUGCAAUUUGAUAUCACUGUGCCAAAGCAAUCGAAGAUCACGAAGAGGAGUAUUCUGUCAACUAUCGCUCACAUUUUCGACCCAUUGGGAAUUUUAGGACCAAUCAUCACUACUGCAAAGAUUUUCAUGCAACGCUUAUGGGAACUCAAGGUUGACUGGGACGAGACGUUACCCAGCGACAUCCAAACGCAGUGGGCUCGAUACGAAGCAGAACUUCCUAUUCUAAAUCAAGUUCAAAUUUCACGAAAGGUUAUUCACUACAAUAACACAGAAUUGGAUUUAUGCGGCUUCGCCGACGCCAGCGUGAGGGCGUACGGAACUUGCAUUUACAUUAGAAGCAAACUUUCAGAAACCCAGUACAAGGUGAAUCUAUUGUGUGCAAAGACUCGGGUCGCACCCUUGAAAAAUCUGUCUUUGCCACGCCUUGAACUGUGUGCAGCAUUAUUACUAGCGCAAUUAAUGCACAAGGUACUAAAGUCCAUAAACAUUACAUUCGCACAUGUCUAUUAUUGGUCGGACACUACAAUAGCAUUGUCAUGGAUAAAGACGCCUCCUAGGAGGUGGAACACCUUUGUAGCAAAUCGCGUGAGCGCCAUUCAAAACAUCUCCGAUAAAAAUAAUUGGUUCUACGUGCAUUCUUCACACAAUCCUGCGGACAUCAUCUCAAGAGGCAUGUCACCAUCAUCAUUACUUUCCACUGAAUUGUGGUGGCAUGGUUUGCACAGAAUGCAACUGAAUGGUGCAUUAAGAAUUGGUUAA